UUUGGUUGUGACGCGGUCUCGUCGCUCUGUGUCCUGAUCAUGGGCAUUCUUGGCCGGUGGUUGGGCUAGGCGUGUGUGCUUGUCGCAUUUUAGGUGUGGGUUGUUCGUCGGAAGGCUUCAUGUGUAAGGGUUUUGGGUCCGGUUUACCUUAUAAACUGGAUCGGGUUUUUCUCUUUUAAGCUUAAUACAAUGACGCGCAGCUCUCCUGCGGGUUCUCAAAAAAAUAUUGGAUACUUGGUACUGUGAAAAUCCCCAGUAUAUAUUGGCCAUGUCCCUGAGCUUGAUCGCUUAUGCUUGGCUUCUCAUGACUUGUCUUCACAGGUGCAGUUUGCUUUGACCAAUGCUUUCUUGAAUUUCAGUGCCCCAAAGAGUAAUGUUGUAUUUUUUCCCGACAAAGAGUAAUGUUGCAUAGGAACAAGUGAAGAAUCAUACAUGAUACAACAAACCAAUUCUAAGAAACAGAAUUAACGUGUGGGAGAAACAGAAUGCAAUAGGAAGAAUCGAAUACUUGUUUCCCAAAAGAAAGUAAAGUAAAGCAAAGAAAAGUGUAAAGGCACCAGGCAUACAUAUGCCACAGCAACAAGCAACAAGCUCCUUCUCCUGUUCUUCCAAAUGAUCUAAUCCUUCUUUCCCAAAAGAAGGCAAAGUAAAAUAAAGCUUUGAGGAUGGAAGUGGAAUAAUAGCAACAACCGGAAGCAAAGAAUCUCAGUACCGUUUUCUCUUCUUCAAUGAGCCUUUGGUAGGUCAGAGUGCGAUGCACCAACAGAUAUCGCUUGCCCUUCGUUGCUGAUUGCAUAUGCUUUGUUGCUUCCGUAAGCAGUAAUCUUGAGGUUGAGGGUAUUUUGAUAACUGUCUAGGUUGUUGCCGCCGCCAAGCAUUAACAGUGCAGCCUCUGUCUGCCCAUGCUAAUGGAGGCCACGGCGCUAAGCAUUGGGAAGUCCGUACUGAAUGGGGCCCUUAGCUAUGCCAAAUCCGCCUUGGCAGAGGAGGUGGCUUUGCAGCUCGGAGUCCGGCGUGACCAGCUCUUCAUCACCAAUGAGCUUGAGAUGAUGCAGGCUUUUCUCAUGGUCGCCCAUGAUGAGGGUGUUGAUAGCAUGGUGGUCAAGGUCUGGGUGAAGCAAGUCCGUGACGUGGCCUAUGACGUCGAGGACUCCCUCCAGGAGUUCGCUGUACGCCUACAGAAGCAGUCUUGGUGGCGUAUCCAUCAAACGCUACUGGAUAGGCGCCGUGUGGCCAAGCAGAUGAAGGAGCUUAGAGCCAAUGUGGAGGAUGUCAGCCAGAGGAACAUGCGUUACCAUCUCAUCAAGGGAUCUAGCUCCAAGCCUGCAACCAUUGGAGGACAGUCUGCAGUUGCUGAGGGUACAACUAUGUCUGGCACAGCCGAAGUAAUGCGUUUGCGGGAGAAAGCAAAAGUGGAUCUCGUUCGAUUGAUCAAUAGGAAGGACAACGACCUUAUAGUGAUCGCGGUGUCAGGAACAAGUGCUGGUCACCUCGGGAAGAUGUCCAUCAUAAAAGAUGCCUAUGAAGAUCCAAUGAUUCAGAAGAAGUUUGAGUGCCGAGCCUGGAUUGGCAAGCUGAUGUGCCCUUUCAAUUUAACUGAAUUCUUGCAAAGCAUCAUCGAACAGUUCCAUGUUAAUUUUCUUCAAGAGUCUGGAGAAAAAGAAAAAGAAAAAGAAAAAGCUUUGGAUUUGCAAGUUCUAAGGAAGAUGCGGAGGAUGAAGGAAAAUAGUUUGGUUCGUGAAUUCAAGAGAUACGUGAAUGAGAAGAGUUACCUGAUCAUACUUAAUGAAAUACACACCAUUGAAGAGUGGGGUCAAAUUAAACCAUGCUUCCUGAUUAAUAAACAUGGAAGCCGAAUUGUGGUGUGUGCAGAGCAAGUUGGAGUUGCAAGCUUGUGUGUAGGUCCCGAGGAUACAGCACCAGAGUAUAAGCAAUUGUUAGCUUAUCACAAUCUGUAUGCUUUCUACGAGAAGGGUUCUCGAGAUGGAACAAAUUUAACGGAGGCCGGGCCUAGCUCAAAUGUGGGAACUACAGUUAGUGACAACUCUGCCAACAGGAAGAUGCUCAAUCGCACAGGGACGAUUCUAGAAGUUUUAAAGGAAUCUCAACUCAUUGGCCGAGAGACAGAAAAGGAAGAAAUUAUCAAACAAGUUACAACUGAAGAUAGCCAACUUCAAGUGAUCUCCGUGUGGGGAAUGGGUGGUCUUGGAAAAACCACACUAGUCAGAGAUGUCUACCAAGAUGAAAAGCUCAGUGGCAAGUUUCCGAAGCGUGCUUGUGCCACAAUUAUGCGCCCUUUCAAUGUUAACGAGCUCCUCCAGAACUUAGCUUCGCAGUUUGGCUAUAAUAAUGUCCCAGAAAUGGACAAAGAAUUACUAGGAAAGAAAUAUUUGAUUGUUCUUGAUGAUUUAUCAUCCAAUGCAGAAUGGGACACUAUAAUACCACACUUCCCUCUAACACAUACAUCAAGCAGAAUUAUAGUCACCACAAGGGUAAAAGAUAUUGCCACACAUUGUUCAAAGAAUCAUGAAAAAAUUUACACGCUCCGAAGUCUGGAAGACGACAAGGCACUUGACCUAUUCACCAAAAAGAUAUUUGGCAAGGCUACCAAUAUGGAUGAGGAGUAUCCUGAGUUGGUUGAACAUGCAAAUCUGAUCCUAAAGAAAUGCAAUGGACUCCCACUUGCAAUAGUCACCAUUGGGGGCUUUUUGGCAAACCAACCAAAAACCGUUGUGGAAUGGAGGAAACUGAAUGAGCAUAUCAGUGCCGAGUUGGUGAUGAAUCCAGAGAUUGGGAUCAUAAGAACCAUCCUUAUGAGAAGCUACGAUGGUUUACCGUACUACCUCAAAUCUUGUUUCCUGUAUAUGCCUAUCUUUCCUGAGGAUUACAUGGUUGGACGGAAACGCUUGGUACGUCGCUGGUCUGCAGAGGGAUAUUCAAGGGAGGUGCAUGGUAAGUCUGCGGAGGAAAUCCUGGAUGGCUACUUCAUGGAACUUAUAAGCAGGAGCAUGCUUUUACCAUCUCAACAAUCAAUUCAUGGUGUAGAAGGAAUUGGUUCCUGCCAAGUCCAUGAUCUCAUCCGUGAAAUCGGCAUCUCAAAGUCAAUGGAAGAAAAUCUUGUUCUUACAGUGGAGGAAGAUUGUAGUUCAAACAGCCAACGCACUAUGCGCCACCUUGCUAUAAAUGGCAAUUGGAAAGGAGAUCAGAGUGAAUUUGAGAGCAUAGUGGACAUGACCCGUGUAAGAUCGGUAACAGUUUUUGGCAAGUGGAAGUCAUUUUUCAUUUCUGAGAAGAUGAGGCUGCUACGAGUGCUGGACUUGGAAGACACAACAGGCCUACAUGAUCAUCACCUUACGGAUAUUGGAAAGCUUCUUCAUCUAAGAUACGUUUCUCUUAGAGGAUGUGAUGAUAUUUUUCACCUGCCAGAUUCAUUGGGUAACUUGACAGAACUCGUGACACUAGAUGUCCGAGGUACUAGAAUAAUCAAGCUGCCGAGGAGUAUCGUCAAUCUCCAUAAGCUAAGCUAUCUUCGUUCUAGUAGGAAACCGGAGGUUGAGGAUCGCUCAUAUGAUGACAUUUUUGAAGACUUUCCAAAGUUUCUUGACAACCGACCAUGCAUUAUGUUUCUCCUGACAGGGAUUGCUUGUUGUUGCAGGAUUAAUGCAUCUGAGAUUUUUGAUGAUGACAUUGACCUUAAUUACCGUGAUGCAUGCACUAGUCUUUGCUGCCAUUCGCUACCUUUUAUUGCGAUGCGCCUAGACUUGUAUGGUGUUCUAGUGCAAAGUGGGAUGAGGAAGCUAAAAGCCCUACACACAUUGGGUGUUGUGAACAUCGCACGGCGGGGUAAGGAUGUUCUAAAGGACAUAGAAGGGCUCAUUCAGUUGCGCAAGUUAGGAGUGACUGGCGUCAAUAAGGAAAACGGACAAGAGUUGUGUUUGGCAAUUGUUGGUCUGAGCCGGCUGGAGUCAUUGUCAAUCCGGUCAGAGGGGGAGCCUGGUUUAUCUGGCUGCUUGGAUGGAGAGUUCUCAUUUCCGGAAAAGCUGCAGAGCCUAAAGCUGUAUGGUAACCUGGUCAAACUACCGGAUUGGAUCCAGGGGCUGAGGAAUCUGGUGAAGCUCAAGCUACGGAGCUCUAUGAUAUCAGAGCAUGGUGAUGCCAUACAGGUCCUUGGGUAUCUACCGAACCUGGCAUCCCUGCAUCUGCUGGCGAAGUCGUUUAAGCGGAGUAAUGCUUGUCUCACAUUCCGUCCACACAUGUUCCCGAACCUGGUGGUGCUGGAACUUGAUUCGCUCUUGAUCGACAUGGAGCAUAUAAAUAAGGUGCUAUUUUUGAAGUUUGAACAAGGAGCAACCCCUAAGCUAGAGCUGCUCAAGUUCUGUCGGGCAGACAUCAAUAGUCGGACACUCUCGGGGCUACCAUCUCUGGCAAGCUUGAAGGAGGUUCUGCUCGAAGGUUCAUACACUGACAAAGAAUUGGCAUACCUGAGGGCCGAGCUCGCAGAAAAUCCAAGUCGACCGGUCAUAAAGAGGGUCUAAUCGAGAUCAUGGAGGUCCACUUCGCCCAACAAUCCAAGCUGGUGGAUCACUUGUCCUGACGCCGGAUGGUACACCUGAUUAUGUAUAUAUAGUAGUUUGAUAGGUGUCCUGAUAAUUAGCAGGACACACCAUGUCCUUGACCAAUGUAACAUACUCAGUUGCUGUCUCGUUUUGUGUACGUGCUCCAUCUGAAUGGCUAAUUAAUAUUCCCGUCAUGAUGAAAAUUUGAAAACA